AUGACACUCACGAAAAACACAGAUCUUCCGUUGCUCUUCUCUUUGGAGCAACACGUGGCGGGUUAUCUUCGCCCCUUGCGUCUGUCUAUUCUGUUCAUCAGUCUAUGGAUACCUUUUUGCUGCUUCGGCUGUCACCAAUUUGCCUGUGCGAGAGCCAUUCCCUGUCUUUCUUUGGAUGACAUUCGGAAUCAACGCAUACGUCACCGUCUUGACUAUGGGGCGUGUGUGGUGGAUUACACUACAUGCUGGCUUCAUUUUGGGAACAAGGCUUCCAAGAAGGUACUAUGCGGCCGUGUAAGGAGGAAAUGUGUUGCCUGGCGUAAACUCACAUUUCUCACAGGGUGGAGUCAGGAACUCCCUACACAACCUGUGUCCUAUUGUAUGCGAUGUUCUCAUCAGCAGCGCCUCACAGUGACAGUCAACACAUCCUUCAUGGAGCGUUGGUGCAAGUUUCGGGUAUCGCUCACGCCCUUAUCACUGUACACCUCUCCCUUGGUCACGGUGUCCAGGAUGUUGAGACAAUAG